CCAACACAAACACUCCGAUCUCAACACUUCGUGCCUGAUGCGGAAUAAUAUGACUCUGCUCUUGGUCGCAAUGUAGCUCUACACAAUCCAUUCCCGGGUCGGGGUCCAAGUCUGAGCUACGAUUUGCAUACGGCUUCGACGGUUCCUUCGCAGCCCUAAAUUAGGCGUACCCCCUCCCCGGUCAGUCUCCAAGCCUGCAAUCCUGCCUCGUAUCCAACCUUCCGCAACGCGCAAGUGAUACGCUAUGUUUGUUUUCCUAGCCCCAAGGCAGAAACCUUAGGUCCAUACUCAACAUGAGCUUCGGAGUCAGCAUCGGCGACAUAUUCAAGGUGUGCGAGCUCGCUGGACGGGUGUAUAAGAACUGUCGCGAUUGUACAGGAGAAUACAAGGCUUUAACUACCGAAGCGCGCAGUCUGUCGAACCUCCUCGAGGACAUCCAGGAUAAAUACGACAAGAUCCCCGAAAACAAGCGGCCGCAGCUUAUAGACGCAUACGAACCAUGUACCGAAGUACUCGAGGAGCUCGACAAGCUUCUUUUACACUACAACAGUCUCGAUACAAAGAGCAAGCGCGCAUGGGAUCGCCUGAAAUGGGACCCAGAAAAGUCUAGAAUGCUCCGCGAGCGCCUGACUUCGAGUGUAUCGAUGCUGAAUAUGUUCUACACCUCCUUGAUACAUGAUAGCCAGGUCCUCAUACUAGACGCUCUGGAGAGACUAGAGAAUGACUACAGAGGCGGUCAUCGAGAAGAGAGCAUUGCGUCUAUCGAGCGGAUUACCUCUGGUACUCCGCAAGAUGAUGAUGUAGACGACGAUGCUGCAUGGGCCCAAAUCCUGCGCGACCUUCAAGACGUUGGUGUUUCUCAGCAGGAAGCUCUAAGCUAUCGUGAUGUCAUCAUCGAUUGGCUUGUGACAGCUGUUAAUGAGGGCAGACUCCUGGAACAACCUCCGCAACACCACCGUGCCUCCUCGAUGCCGCAGAAUCUCGGGCCCGCCCUUCCCUAUCUUGGUCAAAUCGAGGAACCAAAACCAUAUAGGCCGAAGACCUUAGCACCGAGCCCAGGAAAAAUAUCGUGUCCCGCACCAUCAUCCGCGUCGAGUCUACCACUAUCACAAGACCAGAGAGGCUAUCUGAGCGCGUCCGUGGUCUCUCUCUCUGUAUCUGGACGAUCGAGCGAGUCGGUUGACGCCAGAUCACCUUCCUCUGAUGCGGACGCCUCGUCUCUUUACGCUCAACCACAACCUUCACCUAUCGCACGCCUAGCAAGCACGCGUGAGAUCAGACGCGUUCCAGUACCUCUUCGGAACGUUCCCUCUACUCAAACUAUACCUACUACAGCGGCUUUCCCACCGUCUAUGCCUCCAGCAUCUGUUGCACAUCCAGCAUAUUUUGAGACGGGCACCUCGGCAACGAUAGACCUUGAAUGGAAUGCACAACAGAUAGUUGGUGCAUGGAGUCGACGUGACUUCCAUACCGCGGAACGACUCCUCGAAGACCAUUUGGCGGCUGUCGAGCGCGGGCAAUCUGGAACCGCUGGAACACAGCCUGACCGUCGCAUACUACGACAUCUUAUCGGGGUGUGUGCUUCGUUUACCGGCAACUUUAUGAAGGCUAAAGGCCUCUUUGAUAGCGUCUUCAAUGGUAUCUACCUCAACCGUGGAAGCCUAGAUGAUGGAGAUGUCGCCGCCGCCCGCUGGCUGGGUGAUGUCUGCCUCCAUCUUCGCGAGCAUCACAAUGCUGUACUCGCUUAUAGUGUCGCUUUCGAGGGCUCCAUCGGCCGUCUUGGGGUUGCACGUGAUCGUACUCGGCGUGUGUCCGACGAGUUGCGCCUCCUUGAUCACUGGCUAUACGCUUUUAAACGGAUGGAGCAAUCUUUUCAACUCAAUCAUGAUCCUACUGACAUCUUCACUUCCACACACGGUGUGGAGAAGAGCAAUUUGAUCAUUUCGGUCCAAGCACAUUUAUAUGCGACCAAUGGAUUUGACGAAGAUUACCCAAAACCACCAGGGCAUCAGUUGAUACGCCCCUCCUUUUUGAUAGGCAUUCGACCGAAGACAGAACUCGUGUUGUCAGAAAAUUUCUUGUUAAGGCCCCUCAUAUCGCUGAGUGCAUGGCCGUUUCCUUGGGAUCCUACGUUCUCGCCCGCAGACGCUGUUCAGCUGGACCGGUAUAUGAACACGCUACGCAUCGCCAAGGUGGUCAAUUCGUUGGUCGAACGUCCUUUGCCGACGACCAAGCUUGGCGAUUCAAAGAAAUUACACUAUGUGACCAAAAGGGGCAGCCCGUGGUUGAUAGAAACGGUGAAGGCGGGUCUGCGAGAGAUUGGCAUUGAGCAUGCAGAGCACGGCUAUGAAGCGGCCAUCGUCUGCUGCCUCAACCAGCAUCGCGAUGGAUUCGCAUUCUCCGAAGGCGUCAAGAUCUGUUUUACGAAGCUGCAAUUCCGUAAUGUGUACGGCAUAAAGAUCACAGACGUGUAUUGGGCCACGCGAAGGUUGGUCGCAACGACCGAGGGCUCAGCGCAGCUGCAGAGAGACACGAGUGAUUUCAGGAACAUGCUCAAAGGCAUAUUGGAAAGGGUUGAGGCCGACAGGGACAGUCCAGUGCCAGAGAGUGCCAUGAAAUUGAGGAGCACGAGCCUGUAUCCGCAGUCGCCUCAUACACCACGAUUGAAGAAGCGGGCAACCUAUGGAUGAGUUUUAAUUCAAUAUGUGGACUAGGUAUCAAGGUUGGAUCUGGUCUCGACUCAUCAUUCAUUGUUUGGUAGUCUACGGCCACUCGCCGUCGCGAAGUGCUAGUUUCUGUGGGGCUGUCCGAUGGGUCAAACAUGCGGCUGGAGACCUAGACGCUGUCCCGAAAUCUUAACAUGUGCCUUUCUUCUUCGCAAGACAUGGCUCAGGGACCAAGUGUGCCGCUGAAGUGGGCCACUCGACGCAUCGUGUGCUGAUUUAUUGCCUCGACUUGCCGCUGAAGGAUCGGAAAAUUAAUCGUUGCCCCUUGAGCGCUAGGGCCAAUCCCGACCCUAAGCACUCUGUAAUCUCCACGUGCAAGCCAGCUGUUGCAAUUACGGCUGUUCCGACCUUUGAA